AUGAGUGCUGUGACACCACCAAGUCGCGCCAAGCGCACUCGCCAGCGAAACGUGAGCGUGGACGCCGAGAGCAACGCACGGGCUAAAAGCUCGAGCACAAAUGAAAACACCAACGAGCGUCUCGCUCUUCAUCCACCGCCAUCACCAGCAGACAUGCACGAUUCAGCACAAAUGCCCAAGCUCGCCAAACGUUCACCCCAGUUACCACAGCCUGUCACGAUGACCACCUGUCAAUCCUCAACAGCCAUCAUGAAUAAAUUGCAAAGCACCAAUCCCACCGCCUUUCUGCUUCUUGAUUCAAGCAACAACAUCCUGGAGCCGACCGUCGUAUCAAACAACAAUUUUGGGCAUUCUGACGUGCUCACGGCGUUGGAAGGAAUUGUUGACGAUAUGCCCGAGAAUGAGCUUCGGACUAGCGUCCGUUGUCUGCGGCAGUUGCUGAGAUGCCACAACAAGAAGCGACAGCGGUUGUCUCUGGAGGCUCGCAUCUUUACGCAGGCCAACACCGGGGGCUUUGGCCUGCACGACUUGGUUGAGCGCGGUCCGGUGGCUUAUGUCUGCAACAUGGCCAAGCUGGCCACUCGCUACCCUCGGGUCUACGAUCGGCUCUUAGAGGAUGCAUCGAGGGCUGCCGACUUUGAGACACAUAAAAAGGCAGUCACACAUCACAACUACAAGCCAUCACAGCACAAACAUAAAAAACACCACGGCACGCUCACAUACAACAAGAGACAGCGUCGGGUUGAGGUCCACGUGCAGCGAGCUGGCUUCCAGAUGGCCACGGUCAAGGACGCGGCGACCCAGCGACCAGCUGAGAUCAUUGCCCUCCGCUCCAAGGCGGCACUGGACGACCUGAUGGCCAAGUGUGCGCUGGACCUGCAGCAGGCAUAUCUGGCCUCACGCGAGUGGGGCGUCAGCACAGUCUUGACCAUGCGGGGUCGAGACAAGUUGCGUCGCUUGAGCGACACGACCUUUGCCAUUGCGGUCGUGUCCAUGAUGGGUUUUGGCCUCCAUGAACUCAUCAACAUCAAGCCGACGGACAAGUGCCCGCUCUGCAGCAGCAAGACACCUCCGCGACUGACCCGCGAGCACCUGCUGACCUGCCGUCCCAUCAAGCGUCACAACGCCCUUCGCGACGAGAUGGGCCGCCUGCUCAGGUACGCCACCCUCUCCCAUGUCUGGGUGGAAAAGUCUGGCUACAACGCCAACGGUCAGAGCUGCCGCAUCGACCUGCACUGCCGCAACCCCUUUCCCGGCGGUGCCUUGGGCCCAGCUCUGCCCGACCUGGGCAUUGACGCGACUGUGCGCACAGCCCAACCCCCGACCACCUCGCAAGCCUGCAUCAAGGUGGGCGCUGCCCUUCGCCGAGCCGAAAAGGAGAAGCGCGAGUACUACACCGGUUUCAACCAUGGAAAAACUCUGAUCGUCCCUGCGGCGAUGACGACAACCGGUGGGUUCGCCUCCUCCUUUGUGGAUCUGCUUGGUCAGCUCGCCCGCUGCGCCGAGGCCCGUGGUGUGUACCAGCCGGGGCUGGAUGAGGCCUUUGUUCCUCGGUGGAAGGGUCGCUUUGCGGCUCUGGUCCAUCAGAUGAACGCUGACCACAUCCAGCGCCACUUUGGCGGUGUCUGCCUGCGCUCGUCGUAG